AUGGCCCGCCGCCGACGAACGACGGAUGACCAGUUAUCUGACGACAGCGACUUCUCUGAAAAAGAAAGUAUCGAAGAUAGCCAGUACGACACUGACCUGACAGAGCCUGAAGAUGAAGGCUCGCAAGAUCAGGACCUUAGUGAUGCAGCAGUCCUCUUUGCGGAUAACGAAUAUCCGCCAAAAUACUAUAUCCAGCAGCUUACGAAUUUUGACAAUACAGAUUACACAAAGGAGGAUUAUGGGAAGGGUACCACUGCCCUGCUUAACGAGUGA